AUGGCUCCAACCGUCAAAAGAGGAAAGAUUAAAGCUCAAGUGUACAACGAGGUUUCCGAUAUUGUCGCUUCAAUUGCCAUCAAAAUAGUGGAAACCCUUGGUUUCAUCAAGAAGAACCCUGUCAUCACCACUAACAACAACGACAACGAUGGCAGCGAUGGAGACGACGGCGGAGGUGAAUCUCCUCCUCCUCCAAACAACACCGAAUUCCGAUCAAUUUCUGAUAUCCCAAUGGCUCCAUCAAUCAAAAGAGGAAAGAUCAAAUCUCAAGUGUACAACGACAUUUCUGGUGUUGUCGCUUCAUUCGCCACCAAAACAGUCGAAACCUUUGCUUUCAUCAGGAACACCACCACCACCACCACCGGUGACAAUAACAACGACGGCGGCGAUGGAGACCCCAACGGAGGUGGAUCUUCUCCGCCUCCAAACAACAACAACAACAGUCCAUAA